GUGUCAUUUGAUGACGAUCUCUCCCCUCGGCCCCACGCUCCCAAGGGGAAGAAAAAGAAGAGGAAAUCGGAGCGAAAGAGGAAGAGGAAAAGGUCAGUUCAUAAAAGGAACCAGCACUCUGGUGGCCUGAUGGAAGGGUCUAUUGUCGGAGAUGUUCAAACUGAAUUCUGAGCUAAUCGAAAUUGCAGAGACACCACACAGAGAGUGAGGGACGUUAUCAGGUUCUAAAGAAGAGAUGGGUGAGAAUUUGUUUGUGUGUGUGUUUGUAUGUGUGUGGUCAUAACUGUUUGUGUGGUUUUUGUCAUAGGUCUCUGUCCUACAGCCUGUCACCAGCGAGGAAGAAGAAAAAGAAAAAAAAGAAGAGCUCUAAGAAAAGCAAACGCCACAGGUAGCUACUUCCUGUGUAAUGUUGUUGUUGGUCAGUAUUGAAAUUAGUACCUUUGGUCUUUUUCACCAGAAGACAGCAAUAUUCUGGCAUGCAAUAUUACUUUGGCAAACACUAUAAAAUGUAUAAGCAGAAGUUUCAAUGGUAUGCCGUUUUGUCAAAGAAAUGGAUGAACACACAUGAAAGUGUUUUGUUUUUGUUUCUCUUUUCCAGGUGUACCUCUAAAAAGACAAAGCACAGCUCUUCAAGCUUGAAACAUAAGAGGAAGAAUGAUCGAAAGCACAAAAAAAGGUUGGUCGAUGUAAUUUUCCAUCAAAUCAGAUACAUAUUUUUUUCAUAAGCUGUACUACCUCUUCUUCAGCCCAAUCCCUCUCUUGUUGUAUAGAAGUAAACCAUCCGUCCACAAGAAGCUGUGAGAAAAUAUUAAUAAUAUGCUUUAGAAAUGCUUUCCUUUAGAUGAAUGUUGAGAAGCAACUAGUAUGGACAAAACUGCACUGAUUUUGUGUUCUGAAACUGAAAGCACCAUGAAAGCACCAUGAAAGCACCAUGAAAGCACCAUGAAAGCACCCACUCUGAAAGAGAAAAACACGAUUGAAAGGGAGAACAACAAUGAAAGAGAAAAAUUUACCAAAAGAGAGUAAGAGAAACCAGUUUCACGCUAUGAACCGACAAUAUGUAUAAUUCUGCUGCAGUGAGCAAAGCAGAGCAGAGCGUCGUUGCUGAACAUAGAACGAGGUUCAGACGUUGAGACUGCUACAGAAUGUCAGACCACUGCCUUAAAAAAUAUAUAUAUACACUACCAGUCAAAAGUUUUAGAACACCUACUAAUUCAAGGGUUUUUCUUAAUUUUUACUAUUUUCUACAUUGUAGAAUAAUAGUGAAGACAUCAAAACUAUGAAAUAACACAUAUGGAAUCAUGUAGUAACCAAAAAAGUGUUAAACAAAUCAAAAUAUAUUUUAUAUUUGAGAUUCUUCAAAUAGCCACCCUUUGCCUUGAUGACAGCUUUGCACACUCUUGGCAUUCUCUCAACCAGCUUCAUGAGGUAGUCACCUGGAAUGCAUUUCAAUUAACAGGUGUGCCUUCUUAAAAGUUAAUUUGUGGAAUUGAUUUCCUUCUUAAUGCGUUUGAUUCAAUCAGUUGUGUUGUGACAAGGUGGGGGGGUAUACAGAAAAUAGCCCUAUUUGGUAAAAUACCAAGUCCAUAUUAUGGCAAGAACAGCUCAAAUAAGCAAAGAGAAAUGACAGUCCAUCAUUACUUUAAGACAUGAAGGUCAGUCAACAUGGAAAAUGUCAAGAACUUUGAAAGUUUCUUGAAGUGCAGUCACAAAAUCCCUCAAGCGCUAUGAUGAAACUGGCUCUCAUGAGGACCGCCACAGGAAUGGAAGACCCAGAGUUAUCUCUGCUGCAGAGGAUAAGUUCAUUAGAGUUACCAGCCUCAGAAAUUGCAGCCCAAAUAAAUGCUUCACAGACUUCAAGUAACAGACACAUCUCAACAUCAACUGUUCAGAGGAGACUGUGUGAAUCAGGCCUUCAUGGUCGAACUGCUGCAAAGAAACCACUACUAAAGGACAACAAUAAGAAGAAGAGACCUGCUUGGGCCAAGAAAUGCAAACAAUGGACAUUAGACCGGUGGAAAUGUGUCCUUUGGCCUGGAGUCCAAAUUUGAGAUUUUUGUUUCCAACCGCCGUGUCUUUGUGAGACACGGUGUGGGUGAACGGAUGAUCUCUGCAUGUGUAGUUCCCACCGUAAAGCAUGGAGGAGGAGGUGUGAUGGUGUGGGGGUGCUUUGCUGGUGACACUGUCUGUGAUUUAUUUAGAAUUCAAGGCACACUUAACCAGCAUGGCUACCACAGCAUUCUGCAGCGAUACGCCAUCCCAUCUGGUUUGGGCUUAGUGGGACUAUCAUUUGUUUUUCAACACGAUAAUGACCCAACACACCUCCAGGCUGUGUAAGGGAUGAAUCGGACCGCAGAGUGAAGGAAAAGCAGCCAACAAGUGCUCAGCAUAUGUGGGAACUCCUUCAAGACUGUAGGAAAAUUAACUUAUUUGGUUACUACAUUUUUCCAUAUGUGUUAUUUCAUAGUUUUUAUGUCUUCACUAUUAUUCUACAAUGUAGAAAAUAGUAAAUAUAAAGAAAAACCCUUGAAUGAGUAGGUGUUCUAAAACUUUUAACCUGUAUAUUUCUUCUCCUCUCCUCUCUCUGCCUUUCCAUCUAAUUUCAGUUGAAUGUUUUCAGUUGUACAACUGACUAGGUAUCCCCCUUUCCUUCCCAUUCCUUUUUUAUCUUGUUCUCCCUUCUCUUUCUUUUUCUCUUGUCCUUUUUCCACCGCACUAUUUUGUCUUCUUUAUAUGAAAGUAUUGAUUUGAUUUGGUGCCAGUAAUCAGGGAAGCAGCAUAUGGAGGAGUAAGCAAGUGCAAUAUCCAUCACGGCAACGUUUGGUCAUUUCUUCCUUACUAAGAAGAUACUCAUUCCCUGGUCUCUCUUCUCUCCUUUCAUUUCCUCUUCCAGCUCACGGAGUCACACGAAGCGGAGACGACGCUACCGGAGGUCAGAGUCAGAGAGUUCCACCUGCCGCUCCUCCAGCACCGAGAGCAGGUAAAUCCUAGCCUCAACACACACGCCGCGACGGAAGCCGCCAUUUAUAUUUUCAGCCCCGGGCAUUCUGCCUGGCUGGUCUGGUCAUGCCACAGUGAUGAUUGAUAGGCCGGAGGUGACUGUUUGAUCAUAGGAAUGAGUAACGGGUGUAGCGGUAGCCUCCUUAUCACAGCUUCACAGGAAAUGACUGGGAAACGGCAUCCACAGAUCAAUGCGCACUCAAUUAGAGUCAAAUUUUGCCGGAUCACUGAGAUCGGGCUGUGUUGCGGUGGCGCUGAUAGAGUUUGAUGGAUUUGGUGGAUUAUUAUUGCAGUCGGUCUGGACUAGAGUUACGAUUUGAGGCGAUGGGUUAGGUGAUAGGUUAGGUUAGGUUUUAAAUCCAUUGGGCCAGCAGUUUAGUUUUUGCAUUUGACUCUUCCAUUAGGUUGUAGCCUUCUUUAAGAUUCAAUAUGACAAUAUAUAAUUUCAUUUUCAUCAUCUGAAUCCUCAGAGACAGACAGCUCAAUUAUAUUAGACUUCCCUUAGUGUCACCUCUGCACUACAAUAAUUAACGCAUCAUCUGACAUAAUUCACUCUUUCAUACAUACACCCCUCAAUAAUUAAUUAUUUCAUUCAUCCAUUUACUCUCUCAUUUGAUCAGUCAUUUAUCAUUCAUUCACACUGGUAAAAGGGGGAGCCAAAGAUUUCAAAUUGAAAUAAUCUUAAACCAGAGAUGAUUGCUUUUAAAUCCCUUCUGGAUCUCUCCAUUAUUGGGAGUUUCCCUGGGAUAUUCAGCAGAGGAAAUCAUUACUGAAAUUGAACAGCGGCAAGCUUUACCCCGACCAACCGUGCUCCACUGAAAGGUGCUGAGAGUCUGUUUGCGUCCCAAAUGGCACCCUAUACCCUUUAUAGUGCACACAUUUUGACCCUAUAUAGUGCACUACUAUAUAGGGAAUAGGGUGCCAUUUGGGACACAUCCUCUGUCGUAGCGAGACAACGGGGGAACAAUCAGAAUCAUUUUCAAUACCCAGAGAUUCCAUACCAACUGUCCCCUGGAAAACGAUUGUACAACAAUUGCAUUCCGGAACUAUAUAAUUAUUUUUGAAUUGUAUAAUCGUCAAGUCCACCCAUAAAACCCCACUUAGAUCUCCCGGAUCGUGUUCACAGCUCUAGCUCUAGCUAGUUUUGAAAUAUGAAAUGCCAUGGCUUGUCAAGGCUGGCUGUGUAAGUUAUCCUUCCCCUAGCUUGGCUGGUGGCAGUAUCUGUGCUAGCAGUGUUUGCCCGUGUCGGAGGGUAAGGCUAUAUAUCAAGCCGGUUUGUCUUGAGCUCUGCCAAGCCGACACACGCACAAGCACACACACACACACACACACACACACACACACACACGCACACACACACACACGCACACACACACACACACGCACAAGCACACACACACACACACACACACACACACACACACACACACACACACACACACACACACACACACAAGCUUCUGCUGCAGGCAUUAGUCUGUACACAGAUAAGGGUUGAUCCCUGUUCAGCCUUGGAUCACAUUCAUUAUGAGGCUGCUGCCUGGUUCUCCUGUACAGUCUGGGGUAGACCCUGAGCUGGCCCUCUGUCCCCCUGUCCCUACACACUUUUUACAAUGGCACAACGUAGGCCACCAUUCAGUCAUAACCAGUUAGAAAGUCAUUUUGGUUGGUUGGUGAAACAACUUUCAUCACAAGCUGAGGGGAAAUCGCAUUUGAAGUAAAUUUGAAUACAGUUGUUCAAACAGUAAACAUUGUCCUAGUGAUUACAUGAGGACAAAUAUUUAUUCUCACAGCUGCACAAUAAGUGCCAUUUUGAGUAAACAGUUUUGUCCUAUCCCAUCCCUGGCACGCACAGUUGCCAAUUUUGUCUAGACAAUUGUGGCCAGAAAAUGCUGUCAGCUGGCAAGCAGGUUUUGAUUGAAUCGUAGACUAUGAUGAAAUAGUGAGAUUUUAACUCCUUCAAAUCUGUGUCCACAGCCAUCAUCUGCACAAAUCAGUGAAUCACCCUGUGUUGGGAGGCCUAGCAGCCCAGAGGAAGGACCCCAGUACAGCGCACCUGGACCACAGAGGGUUUGAGUGGGGGACUGCCGCCAAGUCAAUCUGUAAAACGACUCCAAUCUUUCGCUCCGUCCUUUCUACUGGCACCGUAAGUGUACCUCGGGAUUCUGAGCCUUAACUAAUGUAGCAGUGGUGUAGUUUUAUUUAUCUGUUAAGGCCAUGUAAAACUUCCUCAGUAUCUCAAGAACAUUCGGUGAAGCGGACUUGUUUAAUUUGUAACAAAUGUAUUCACUCAAGAUAUCAGAGCGUUGAAAAAAAAGUAACUGGACCGUGUCCUCUCCCAAGAUAAGAAAUGGUUAUCAGAAAUACUGUGCUGUAUAAAAACGCACACAUAUAGCACAGAUAUGCAUUGUAUUUUUAGAAGAUAUGGUCUUUCGAAUUCAAUUUGGUCCUUUGUGGGUGAAUUCCAAUCACUUCUGAAUCAAACUAAUUUUACAUGGCCUGUCUGAAUCAUGUUGUUUCCUUACCUCUUUUCUAUGAACGCCUCAUUUAGCAAUAAUGUCAUCUGUUCUUGUUUUUCUGUUUUAUCUAACCAACACCAUCAAUUAAAUACAAACUUAGCAGAAACAGCACCCAAGGAACUUGCUGGUGGUAGGCAGAUAUUGAUAAUGUGCCGAGGAUGCAUUCCAGCUGUUUUGUGAAAAGCUAAUGGGGCAAGAGUGAGUUGAAAUUACCAGCACAAUGACUGCAGGCAAGAUUACAACACAUACAGUAGCAGUGUAUUUUUUCUUGAAUUCAGCUGUAUUUCCUGAGCUCAAGCACAUCACUAGUUGUUGUCAUCAAAACAAUACUCUUAUUGACUGUUUAUGAAUUGCUAUUGGCCCUGCACUGUAGCAGUAUUAGAAACUAUGUCUUGGGUGAUAGUGAUUGAUCAGAUAUUUCAGAUCCGAAAAUAGGUGUACAUUCUGAAAUAGUUGCAAGACCAUAGCAGGUUGACAACAUCUAACCAAGGUGGUGUUUCUCUCUUUAUUACUUGAAACUGCUUGGAUUUGAAACCCAGCUCAGCUCCGUCCGUUCGCUGACUCAUUGUUUCAUGCUUGCUGAGGCAUGAAAUACAUUCAAUUUCUCUCCAGUGAUCAUUAAAUUAUGCUAAUUACACCCCAGAUGUUUUUAAUCACAAACCACAGGUUUGGAAUUCAAAUAAAAUAAACUAGGCCUACAUUUACACAUGCUUUGUAUUCUAUACCCAAACCUUUUUUCUGAGAGGGGUUUCUACAAUUGGUUAUCUAAUAUAAUUUGACUAUGUUUAUCACUUUUUGUGUUCAUUUUUCAUAGGAUUUAAUUGAAUUAAAGUAAUAUUGUAGCAGGAACCGAUAUAAACUAACUAUUUCAUAGUUGAGCAAGUUUAGUUUUUAUAUAAUCUAUUUUCACAGGUUUUAAGUGAAUUAACCAUCAGUGAAAGUAUAGUCCUUUCUGUAGUUAUAUCAGGAGUAACAGAAAUAAACUAUUUAAUUAUUGGUCUUAAGAAUUCAUUAUUUGGGUAUGUUUAAUAUUUCCUCCUAAUCAAAGCAAACCAUAAAAGGAAAGGUGGGUAUGAGCAUAAUAAAUACACUGAUUAACUCCCAGUUAGUUUGAAUACCGAGUAUGUGGCAGAUACUGUAUUUACAGUAAAAGCUUCUCAACUGCUACAUAUCUCAGGUCAACACAAUCUCACACUCAAUUCAUGCAAAUAUGUACAAAUAGUAUUUCAGCAGAUUUCAUGAAUUUCUGUGCGUUUUUGUGUAGCUUAAUUCGUGUGAAAAGACACAACUUUUUGUGCGCCUUAAUUGGUAGGAAAUAUACAUGUUUGUGCGACUUCAUUCAUAGAAGAAAUACAUUUGUUGGGGGCAAACUUCGGAACAAUCUUUUGAAAGUUAUUAGAGCAAUGCAUGAUGGGCAAUGGUGUUCUACACUGCCUUUUUUUGUGUCCCACAUUUGUUUAUAUAAAAAACUAACUUGUUAACAACCCAAUAUUGUUAAUCAACCAGGUUGUCACUGAAAUACUUCUCGUAUAAUAGUAGCCUUAUGUUUUUUAAUUUUUUAUUAAUGCCAAUACUCUUUUCUAUGCUUGUUUUCGCUUAAUACUUUGGGAUACUGGUGCACGUGUAGUCAGAAAGGCCCUUUUUUCAUGUAGGCAACAGUAGGCCUACACUAUUUUCUUCAUAAUGCAUUUAAUACAAGGCUCCACGUUUUCGUGUACAUUACACCAUUUCUUUCAUAAUGCAUUUUAUACAAGGCUAUGUCGAUUUUUCUGGGGGGUGUUUUGUGGUAUCGAUUAAGGUAUUUGAUUGAGGAAUGGGGAUACAUUUCUAUGAUGGGAAAUUAUAAUACACACCAUAAUACACACACACGCACACAAACACACAUAUACACACACUCACUUUGUUUGUAUUCAUGUUAUAGCCAACUCUUGACUUUUGUAUGAAUAAUUCUUAAUAAAAUAUUUGUAUUUAGUUGUCAUGUAUUCAUUAUCUUUAACUGGCUAAAUGUUUGUAGUUUGCAUGUUUCAGUAAUGGUUAACAUGGUUAAAUAGCCGUAAAUCUCUGCUUGAUUUAGCUUUUGGUAUAUUUGGCAUUUUUAUACAUAUUCUGUAUUUCCACUGAAGAAAGCAAUAAUUAAUCAACACACUACUGUAAAUAAAUGGACACUACCUGUUAUAAAAUGGAAAUUGCUCUCCGUAAAUAAAUGGUGAGAAAUGCUCAGUCUGAAGCCAUUCGGCUAUGGGUUUCACAGCCCUAUAAUAAUGCUAGACGUUAUAUCAGCUUAAAAGGGUUUAUUUACAACCUCUGGGGUAUAACAUGUUGGGCAAAGAGGUAUAGGAGAGUCUGACAUAUAACCCCUAACUUGAGUUCAGUCUUCGCGAAUGAGAACCAAGAGGGGCCUAGCUUCGUCCUACAUGACUGGGAAAGGCCUAGAUUCUAGGCCGUAGGAAAUCCUACAUCCAUCUCAUUAGAUCAGAACAGGAUGGAUCAACAGUGAUUCAUAUUACUGGUUUACAUCCUUACUUAUUAUUUGUCUACCCAUAUGAUGUGGAUCAUUGUUAGGUUAUUUGAUAUAUAAGCUUCAGUAACAAAAUAACAUGGUUGUAAUAACACUUUAAAACAGGUAGUUUGUAAAUGUGUAGAAUGUAUUUGUUUUGGGUCCACAUUGGUAAGUUAACUUAUGUAAAUGUCUAGUCACAGAGGAUUUUAUUCUGAAUAACUGGUCAGGGCAUACAGUGGGGGAAAAAAGUAUUUAGUCAGCCACCAAUUGUGCAAGUUCUCCCACUUAAAAAGAUGAGAGAGGCCUGUAAUUUUCAUCAUAGGUACACGUCAACUAUGACAGACAAAUUGAGAAAAAUAAUCCGAGAAAAUCACAUUGUUAGGAAUUUUUAAUGAAAUUGUAUUUGCAAAUUAUGGUGGAAAAUAAGUAUUGGUACCUAAAACAAAUGCUCACAGACUGUAAUUCCUUAAGAGGUCUCUGCCGUUACAUUAAAGUCCUGUAGAACUUGGCAGAGACAGUAACCCAACAUCCAAUGCCUAUGGCCAAGACCAAAAGUAAAUAACAGAUUGACACACUGGAAUGAUCAUGCAAUGAACAGCUUGUAUUGUGCAAUAUUAGAAAUGGACAUACCAUGAUAAUCUCCUCGAUUGCUAAAGAUACCCCGUGGGGUCAAAAUGAUCACAAGAACGGUGAGCAAAAAUCCCAGAACCACACGGGGGGACCUAGUGAAUGACCUGCAGAGAGCUGGGACCAAAGUAACAAAGCCUACCAUCAGUAACACACUACGCCACCAGGGACUCAAAUCCUGCAGUGCCAGACGUGCCCCCUGCUUAAGCCAGUACAUGUCCAGGCCCAUCUGAAGUUUGCUAGAGUGCAUUUGGAUGAUCCAGAAGAGGAUUGGGAGAAUGUCAUAUGGUCAGAUGAAACCAAAAUAGAACUUUUUGGUAAAAAUUCAACUCGUCGUGUUUGGAGGACAAAGAAUGCUGAGUUGCAUCCAAAGAACACCAUACCUACUGUGAAGCAUGGGGGUGGAAACAUCAUGCUUUGGGGGCUGUUUUUCUGCAAAGGGACAAGGAUGACUGAUCCGUGUAAAGGAAAGAAUGAAUGGGGCCAUGUAUCGUGAGAUUUUGAGUGAAAACCUCCUUCCAUCAGCAAGGGCAUUGAAGAUGAAACGUGGCUGGGUCUUUCAGCAUGACAAUGAUCCCAAAACACACCCGCCGGGCAACGAAGGAGUGGCUUCGUAAGAAGCAUUUCAAGGUCCUGGAGUGGCCUAGCCAGUCUCCAGAUCUCAACCCCAUAGAAAAUCUUUGGAGGGAGUUGAAAGUCCGUGUUGCCCAGCGACAGCCCCAAAACAUCACUGCUCUAGAGGAGAUCUGCAUGGAGGAAUGGGUCAAAAUACCAGCAACAGUGUGUGAAAACCUUGUGAAGACUUACAGAAAACGUUUGACCUGUGUCAUUGCCAACAAAGGGGUAUAUAACAAAGUAUUGAGAAACUUUAGUUAUUGACCAAAUACUUAUUUUCCACCAUAAUUUGCAAAUAAAUUCAUUAAAAAUCCUACAAUGUGAUUUUCUGGAUUUUUUUUUCUCAUUUUGUCUGUCAUAGUUGACAUGUACCUAUGAUGAAAAUUACAGGCCUCUCUCAUCUUUUUAAGUGGGAGAACUUGCACAAUUGGUGCUGACUAAAUACUUUUUCCCCACUGUAGCACUUUCCAUUCGGCUUCAGGCAACUUUGAUGUAAGGCUGAUCACACCUGUAGUGAUUACUUCUAUCCAUCAUGCCAUUGUUGCUUAUCCAUUGUUCACUAGAUAUAUCAAGUGUAAUUUCACCCAAACACAAUGUUGAAAAAAAAGAAUGCUUCCCACUACUAGAUCAAAUAAUAGAUGUGAGCUGGACGGGAUCAAAUGCUGCCACCAAUGUAGCAUAAGAAAGUGAAAGCUGCAACAGGGAACUCUAAUGGCCGUUACAAAGUGAGCUCUAAUGGCCGUUACCAUGAAAGUCUAGUAGGCCUAUGGGCAGAGACAGUAGGCCUACAAUGGUGGCAUAUGCCUUGUUACAAUAGCUAAGUAUAUAACAUGAUUGACACGACCGUAAUAAGCAUCAUGAAACGGCCUUGGAAGUGCCAUAAGUGUAAAACCAACAUAAUUCAUUAUUUACAUUAAACUGUUUAACUGCAUUGAUAUGGCUUAAUUGAUCAUAGUCCAGACUCGUUAUAGUUGCAAAUACCAUGCAGAUGCACCAGGGGAAUUGAAACCAAACAGAUUAUUUUUGCGAAAAAUGUAUCCCCAUUCCCCAAUCAAAUACCUUCAUCGAUACCACAAAAAAAUGACAAAUACAGCUUUUUACUUCAUUAUGGCAACCCUCAUAAAAUCCGACAUAGCACCACUAUCCCAAAGUACUAAGCGAAGACAAGCAUAGAAAACAGAAUUGGCAAUAAUAAAAAAAACUAUUAUAUUAUAAAUAUUUCGGUAACAACCUGGUUGAUUAACAAUAUUGGGUUGUUAACAAGUUUGUUUUUUGAUAUAAAUACAUUUGGGAAACAAAAAAAGGCAGUGUAGAACACCAUUGCCCAAAAUGCAUUGCUCCAAUAACUUUCAAAAGAUUUUUCUGAAGUUUGCCCCCAAAAAAUGCAUUUUUCUAUUAAUGAAGUCGCACAAAAAUGUGUGUGUUUUCCUACGAAUUAGGUCGCACAAAAUGUGGUAUUUUCAUACGAAUUAAGCCACACAAAAACGCACAAAAUCUGCUGAAAUACUUUUUGUGUUGCUCAGAUGGACAAAAUGGUAUGUGUUUAGGGGUGCCUUCAGGUGGUUUUUUUUGAGUAGGGUUCUGUUGUCGAAGAAAAACUGACUAUUAGGAAGGUGAUUGGAUAGAUGAAGCAUUUUUUCAGUGCCUGUGAGGAUGGUUUUCUUUUGAUGUUUCGUGGGGAUUUCAGUCUUAAGUUUUGGUCUGAUGUUGCAGACUGGGGGGACUGGAUUAUCUGAAAAAGGCGGGAGAGUUGAAGUAAUCUAAUACAAAUGAUUUGCAAUAGAUAGUUUAAAAAGAGAUUAUAAUCUGUUUGGAGGGAAUUUAGUUUAGCUAAACAUCAAUAUUUAGUAUCCUUAUUUCCCAUUGUUUUUCAGCGGAAAACAUAAUAAAUUCCCGUAUAGUCCUUCCACAACCUCAACUCACCUCCAAACUCCACUAUGGCCAAGACCAAGGAGCUGUCAAAGGACCCAAAAACCAAAAUUGUAGCCCCUGCACCAGGCUGGGAACUGAAUCUGCAAUAGGUAAGCAGCUUGGUUUUGAAGAAAUCAACGUGGAGCAAUUAUUAGGAAAAUGGAAGACUACAAGACCACUGAUAAUCUCCCUCGAUCGGGGCUCCACGCAAGAUCUCACCCCGUGGGUCAAAAUGAUCACAAGAACGGUGAGCAAAAUCCCAGAACCACACGGGGGGACCUAGUGAAUGCCCUGCAGAGAGCGGGGACCAAAGUAACAAAGCCUACCAUCAGUAACACACUACGCCACCAGGGACUCAAAUCCUGCAGUGCCAGACGUGCCCCCUGCUUAAGCCAGUACAUGUCCAGGCCCAUCUGAAGUUUGCUAGAGUGCAUUUGGAUGAUCCAGAAGAGGAUUGGGAGAAAUGUCAUAUGGUCAGAUGAAACCAAAUAGAACUUUUUGGUAAAAUUCAACUCGUCGUGUUUGGAGGACAAAGAAUGCUGAGUUGCAUCCAAAGAACACCAUACCUACUGUGAAGCAUGGGGGUGGAAACAUCAUGCUUUGGGGCUGUUUUUCUGCAAAGGGACAAGGAUGACUGAUCCGUGUAAAGGAAAGAAUGAAUGGGGCCAUGUAUCGUGAGAUUUUGAGUGAAAACCUCCUUCCAUCAGCAAGGGCAUUGAAGAUGAAACGUGGCUGGGUCUUUCAGCAUGACAAUGAUCCCAAACACACCGCCCGGGCAACGAAGGAGUGGCUUCGUAAGAAGCAUUUCAAGGUCCUGGAGUGGCCUAGCCAGUCUCCAGAUCUCAAACCCCAUAGAAAAUCUUUGGAGGGAGUUGAAAGUCCGUGUUGCCCAGCGACAGCCCCAAAACAUCACUGCUCUAGAGGAGAUCUGCAUGGAGGAAUGGGUCAAAAUACCAGCAACAGUGUGUGAAAACCUUGUGAAGACUUACAGAAAACGUUUGACCUGUGUCAUUGCCAACAAAGGGUAUAUAACAAAGUAUUGAGAAACUUUAGUUAUUGACCAAAUACUUAUUUUCCACCAUAAUUUGCAAAUAAAUUCAUUAAAAAUCCUACAAUGUGAUUUUCUGGAUUUUUUUUUCUCAUUUUGUCUGUCAUAGUUGACAUGUACCUAUGAUGAAAAUUACAGGCCUCUCUCAUCUUUUUAAGUGGGAGAACUUGCACAAUUGGUGGCUGACUAAAUACUUUUUUCCCCCACUGUAGCACUUUCCAUUCGGCUUCAGGCAACUUUGAUGUAAGGCUUGAUCACACCUGUAGUGAUUACUUCUAUCCAUCAUGCCUAUUGUUGCUUAUCCAUUGUUCACUAGAUAUAUCAAUGUAAUUACACCCAACACAAUGUUGAAAAACAGAAUGCUUCCCACUACUAGAUCACAUAACUAGAUGUGAGCUGGACGGGAUCACAAUGCUGCCACCAAUGUAGCAUAAGAAAGUGAAAGCUGCAACAGGGACUCUAAUGGCCGUUACAAAGUGAGCUCUAAUGGCCGUUACCAUGAAAGUCUAGUAGGCCUAUGGGCAGAGACAGUAGGCCUACAAUGCUGGCAUAUGCCUUGUUACAAUAGCCUAAGUAUAUAACAUGAUUGACACGACCGUAAUAAGCAUCAUGAAACGGCCUUGGAAGUGCCAUAAGUGUAAGCCAACAUAAUUCAUUAUUUUACAUUAACCUGUUUAACUGCAUUGAUAUGGCUUAAUUGAUCAUAGUCCAGACUCGUUAUAGUUGCAAAUACCAUGCAGAUGCACCAGGGGAAUUGAAACCAAACAGACCCCAUUCCCCAAUCAAAUACCUUCAUCGAUACCACAAAAAAAUGACAAAUACAGCUUUUUACUUCAUUAUGGCAACCCUCAUAAAAUCCGACAUAGCACCACUAUCCCAAAGUACUAAGCGAAGACAAGCAUAGAAAACAGAAUUGGCAAUAAUAAAAAAAACUAUUAUAUUAUAAAUAUUUCGGUAACAACCUGGUUGAUUAACAAUAUUGGGUUGUUAACAAGUUUGUUUUUUGAUAUAAAUACAUUUGGGAAACAAAAAAAGGCAGUGUAGAACACCAUUGCCCAAAAUGCAUUGCUCCAAUAACUUUCAAAAGAUUUUUCUGAAGUUUGCCCCCAAAAAAUGCAUUUUUCUAUUAAUGAAGUCGCACAAAAAUGUGUGUGUUUUCCUACGAAUUAGGUCGCACAAAAAUGUGUGUAUUUUCAUACGAAUUAAGCCACACAAAAACGCACAAAAUCUGCUGAAAUACUUUUUGUGUUGCUCAGAUGGACAAAAUGGUAUGUGUUUAGGGGUGCCUUCAGGUGGUUUUCUUUGAGUAGGGUUCUGAUUGUCAGAAGAACAUUAACUGACUAUUAGGAAGGUGAUUGGAUAGAUUGAAGCAUUUUGUCAGUAGCCUGUGAUGGAUGGUUUUCUUUUGAUGUUUUCGCUGGGGAUUUCAGUCUUAAGUAUGGUCUGAUGUUGCAGACUGGGUACUGGAUUAUCUGAAAAAGGCGGGAGAGUUGAAGUAAUCUACUACAAAUGAUUUGCAAUAGAUAGGUAAAGAGAGAUUAUAAUCUGUUUGGAGGGAAUUUAGUUUAGCUAAACAUUCAAUAAUUUAGUAUCUCUUAUUUCCCAUUAGUUUUGUUCAGCAGGAAAACAUUAAUAUAAUUCCUGUAUAGUCCUCAGUGACAGCAACCACUCUUGCUAUUUUAGAGUGAAACAAACUCACUUACUUUAGUAAAAAAAAAAAAAAAAGAAGCUACAGUGUAGUUUACAAGCUGGUUUGAAUACCAUACCUAGUCUAAAGUAGAUUCAGUUUGUAAUAAAAGGCCUUACCGACGUGCGGUGUAACUAUUCAAGAUUGAGUGCAUAAUAAAAGCUUGUUAUUGGCUUCAAGCCCCAAGAAAACUCCUAAACAAUCACACUUACGGGAAGAAAAAGGAACAUGCCAAUAACAGUCUAACUGGCUCUGGGUUUGAAGAGAGGGUUAUUGUCUUUUUCUUGCAAUUUACGACUCUAAUGAUGCACUUAUGUUGCCCGCUCUUCCCUUUUCUUACACCUUACCUACUUAAGGAGGAAAUCUUGAUUGGUAAGUCGAUGCUAUCCGCAGACGUAGGGAUUUACUGUACCUAGGGUUCGCUGCAGGGUAAUUACUUUUCUUGCAGGGAAAAAGCACAAUCAUCUGUCCUAUUCUGAGGGCUUUCUUAGUUAGACUGAUGGGAUAUCUCUUUGUCUGCAAUCCUUUUCAUUUCUACAUAAUCCCCAUUUUGUGAUGUUUGUUCAAUGUUCUUUAAAACAGGCUUUGUAAUGGGGCUACUGUUUAUUGUUAUUUCUUCUAUCUUUUUCUCUCACUCGACUUGGCUAAAGCCGUUGGUAGUUUUAUUCACACAUUAGUUUCUCUCUUUCUUUCUGUUCUUUUGUUCUUCCUUUCAUAUCUUUGUUUUAGUUCCAAAUGAAUUUACUUUAAACCUUUUUUGUUACUUUAUUUCAAUUUGGUUCAGUUUUGUUUUUCUUUCCAACUUAUUUGCAUGCCACAAAUUUGCAUGACGUCUUUAAUCUUUCCAAGUUCUCUGUCCCCAAAAAAUAAUUUCUUCUCUGUGUUUUGAAGGGAAAUGGUUUCCUUUGUAGAGUAUCACAGUGCAUCGUACAGGUAAUUGCUUGAACCUAUCCAAAACACCUCUAGAAGUAAAGCAACAUCCUCUUUCUGUCUGUUUACAGGUCUUGCAGUCAAAACCUGGCGGUGAGGUUUUAAACACAGCAGUGGUUCACCAUCACACUCUGACCAAUCAGAGCAAAGGACCACAGGAUUACGAUUCCGGGAAUGACACGUCUUCACCACCGUCGACCAAAACCAGCAUUUCACGGACAAGUGUCAUCGGUGACAAAAAGGUCCUGUAUCAAGCGCCGGCUUCCCCAGAGAAGCUGAAGUUUACAGACGGGGAUAAUGUAUCCGACUCUGGGAACUCUGUGACCAGCUAUGCUUCCCUGUGUAAACCUCUGCAUGUGGAAGGUGGUUUGUCUUCUCCCAUUUUCAAUGGAAACGGCAAGAGGUGAGCUUCCUAUCUUUGAGGAAUAUCAUACUGUAGAUUAUGUAAAGUGCUACUUGAAGUCAAGGAUCAGAAAUGUUCCUUAAUUCACUUUUCCCGUUUUCCCUCUUAAUUUAAGCCAGCCAUGUACAUACUGUAAGGCGGACAUCUACAUAUUUUUACAAUUGCAGCAGAAAUUGAUACAUUGGUGUAAUUCCACUGUUAUCAUUGCAGUGAGCUGGUAACAACCUCAGUAUGUGGGGCCAAGGUGGGGAGACCUCAGAAGACAGUCUCUUCUCUCUCUCCUUUGAGGACGGUGGCCUCUUCACGUAAGCGGACUAGAGCCCACUCAUCCAGCAGCAGAAGCAGAAGUAGAUCCUCGGGGAGCUCCAGAAACUCUGGACGCUACUCUCGAAGCCGAUCACUGUCAUCUGCCAGGUUGGUUUCAUUUAGGUUCUAAUGUACUUCACUGACACCUUAAGCAGCCACUUGAAAUAUGUGGGCUUCGCUGACCUCCGUUGAAGUAAAUCUGUUCUGCUUGUCUUAAGGUCGUACUCCCGUUCACCGAGCUACUUGGCUGGUUUGAGAAGGAAAGGUAGUGAGGGCAGUGGAAGGUCCAGAGGAAGCUACUCCCGAUACAGUAAAGAGAGGUAAAACAUGUUUUGCCAAUCUACUUGCUCAAUUAACUACUAACUACUUCUGGCAUAAUGUCCAAAUUAUAGAAUUGCUUAUGAGUGAUGCCUUACUGUUCUUCUUUUGCCAUCUAACAUAGGGUCCGAGAGAGGAAGAGGGACCCCAGCUCCUGUGAGAAGGAUGUGAAACACAGCAGUCGGAAGCGAAGCGGGAAGAGGCAUAGACGCAGGUUCUACUCUCCCAUGAGGAAAAGGAGGAGAGAUUCACCCAGUCACCUGGAAGCCAGGAGGAUAACCAGGUAUCUUUUUCUCUUUCUGCCUGUAACACUUUCACGUUUCUGACAAAACGUUCACGUUUCUUACGAAUUCUUUCAUUCGUGCACCGUCACUAUUUUAUUUCACUUUGUAUCAACUUAUUUGUUCAAACCACGGACUCAACAAUGGUUUGUCCUUAGCAGAGUCCCUCUUCUUUUAACCUUCGACAAUGGCCUCCAGUUCGCUUAAGAGACUUUUGGGGGACUGGGCUGUGAAAAGAAGGCCAUUUACCUGAUUAAUUUUCUACUAGUCUAAACAAGCUGCAAUGGAUCAAGCGAGACAGCUAAAUGAAACAGUUGUGCUCAUGAUUAUGCAUUGAAAUGUUCCAGGCGUUGUUUUGAGGUGUGACAGCAAUGCUAUAUCUUAAAGAAGUUUCUCCUGACAUGAACACGAGCUGAAAUGCAUUUUUGUGAAGAAAGUGUAACAUAACAAUCCAGGCAUGAAUACUUAGGCCCCUUGUACUGUAUGUUAAAAACAAGGUAUGGUUUGGCAUCAAUAUCCAAUUGAGCAUUCUGAAUGACUCCGCAAAGUGUUUUUUAAAAAACAUUAUCUGCAAUUGAUUGCAUUGGGACUUUAAUUUACUUACUCUUGAUGUGUUGAUUCACACAGUCUCUCUAAUGCUAACCAUACCUCCCUGAUUCCCCACAGUGCCAGGAAGAGACCCAUCCCAUACUUCCGGCCCAGUCCUUCAUCCAGCAGUCGCUCUACCAGUGUAUCCUCUUGGAGCAGCCUCUUCACACGGAGUCGCAGCCCUAGCCCCAGUCCUGGCCUCUGCCUCAGUAGUUCCAGGAGUAGGAGUAGGAGCCGAAGAAGAAGUAGGAGUAGGAGCUACUUCUCCUACCGGAGCUACAGUCGCAGCUCCUCUUGGAACUCCAUCUUUGGCCGCCGGAGCCGCAGUCAGAGCCGGAGUCAGAGCCGGAGUCGCAGCUAUGACUCGUUGGACGGUUACAGCAAGGGCAAGAACCGGCACUGA